GUAAAUAUAAUAUGAUUUAAUCGUUUAAAACAGUUCAACAAACAUACGCAUUUCCUUUUUAGAGUAAGCAUUUUUAAAAUGGAUCGGAAGUGUGCUAAAUGUGAAAAAACUUACAGCACCGAAGGAAAUCUUAGAAAACACAUAAGAACAAAACAUCCAAAUGAUCAGUCCAUUAUACCGAGGAAAUAUAAAGAAGAGGGUAAUUUUCAAUAUAAUUGUACCUGCGGGAAAAACUUUAAUCAUAAACACCAUUUUAUCUACCAUGUAAAAUCCCACGGUUGUGAUGUGAUUAAUCCAGUGCUAACUCCAAUGCGAGUUCUUAAAAAAUGUCCGAUUUGCCCUUAUUCUGACUUUUAUAUAAACAAUCUUAUGAAGCAUUUCGAAGGAAAUCAUAAUAUUGUAAUUCAAGAACAAUUGCUGCAAUUUUCUUCAGAAGAUCUAUUUGAUGGUUGGAAAUCUGAAACUGAAAAAAAGACAAUUUCGUCUUUUGUUAAAAAUUAUUCCAAAAAAUCUUCACUGGGCAUAACUACAAAAUUCAUCUGCAAUAGAUCUGGAAAUUAUGUACCGAAAAACACCAAACGACUUAGAAUUUUAAAAACUCAGGGAACAAAUAAAAUAAAUGCUUUUUGCCCAGCAAGUAUGAAAUUAGUCGUUGAUAAUGAAGGAAAAUGCAGUGUUAAAUAUAUUGAAACUCACAUAGGACAUAUAAAUGAAUUAGGACAUGUAUUUUUAAGUCCUGUGGAGAGAGCACAAAUUGCAGAAAAGAUAGCUUUGAAGAUUCCUUUCGAAGAAAUAUUGAAUGAAGUACGUGACUCAGUCACAAAUUCAAGUUUGAAUAGAAGUCAUUUAUUGACAAGAAAAGAUUUGUACAAUAUAGAGAACUCUUUUAAGCUGCAAACUGAUUCCAUUCGAAAUUCUAAUGAUUGUGUAAGUGUAAAAGCUUGGAUACAUGAGUUUAUAGAAAAGGAUGAUAUCUAUGUAUUUUAUAAAUCACAAGGAAUGUAUGGAUCUGAUGUUAUCUGCAUAGAUGCAACGCAUGGGGCGAAAAACUGUAAUCUUGAAUUAAUAACAUUGCUGGUACUUGAUAACAUGAGGCAGGGCUUUCCUUGUGCUUUUUGUAUAACCAACAGGACAGAUAAAGAAGCCCUACACAUCUUUUUUUCAUAUAUACAAAACUGGACUGGCAAAAUUUGUCCAAAUAUUUUUAUGAGUGAUAUGUCUGACGCAUUUUACAAUGCAUGGCUUGAAGUUAUGGAGAAACCAAGACUUAGGUUAUACUGUACGUGGCAUGUGGACCGAGCAUGGCGUGAAAAUCUUAACAAAAUCCGCAAUAAGAACAUUCGAGUCCUAAUCUACAAAAAACUUAGAAGUCUGCUAGAAGAAAAAGAUCAGGUGGCAUUUUUGGGAAUGCUAAAUGGAUUUUAUCAACAGAUUUCCACGGAACGUGAUACUGAAAAAUUUGGAAAAUAUUUUCUGAAUUAUAUGAAAAAUUAUGAGUUGUGGGCCUCUUGUCACAGACUUUAUACGGUUGUAAAUUCUAAUAUGCACUUGGAAUGCAUGCAUGAAGUCUUUAAAAACAUAUAUUUGAAAGGGAAGACUGUAAGAACACUUGAUAAAGUUAUUUCAGCCCUGAUGAAAUUUAUCAAAGAUAAGCUUUUUGACAGACUUAUAACAAUAAAUAAAGGAAAAAUAACUAGUAAAUUGAAGGAUAUAAAGUCUAGACACAAAACUAGUCUUGCUUUGGAUGUUAGUUUACUUAUUACAUCUGAUGAAGAUUGGACAUUUAAAUCAUCUUCAUCUAAAGUGUAUUUCAUCAAUGAAGUUGAUACUGAUUGUAAUUGUCAAUUAAGAUGCAACUAUUGUGAUGCAUGCAUUCAUAGGUACUCUUGCACAUGUAUGGAUUCUGCAAUAAAAUGGAUAAUGUGCAAACACAUCCAUUUAGUUUGUAUGUUCAGAGCGCAAACUACAAAGCAACAGUCUCUUCUCAUUAAUGACAACGAUGAUUUAGCUGGGGAAUUAGUGCAGAAUAAUGAGUUGCAGAUGGAUGUGAAUCCUAUUACAGGAACAGCCUUAACGCAACAAAAACAGUCACAAGAACAAAUUGAAACAAAACAGUCACAAAAAAUGAAAAACAGCUUUUUGACGAUUCUAGAAAAAACCAAUACGUUAGCUGAGCUUGACAUUUUAAAGAAAAAGGCCGCGCCAAUAGGGCCAACUGUAGCUGCUGUAAAAUCUCUAACAACUUCACCACAAAUAGAGAGAUCGCAAGUGAAAUCAAGGAGCCCACUCAAUAAACAUGUGUCACAGAGAAAACAUUUGUCUACCAAAAAGGAGAGACUCGCUAAUGCUGAGAAAUUAACUAAACCUUCUGCAUCUGAAAGUCAGCAAUCGGCCAUAUAUUAUGUAGUAACUAUUAAUUAAUACAGUAAUUAAAUGGUUACAAAACUAUUGUUAGCCGAAGUUACUGUUAUUAUAAUAAAGAUAUAAUGAUUUUGUUGUUA